AUGCCGAGCAACGGCUCCAGUGGUCAUUUCAAUGACGAGUACGAGCUGAAAGAAGAGCUCGGAAAAGGAGCAUUUUCCAUCGUCAGACGCUGCGUCAAGAAAGUAAAUGGGGAAGAAUACGCAGCGAAAAUUAUUAACACGCGGAAGCUGUCGGCGCGUGAUCAUCAAAAAUUGGAACGCGAGGCGCGAAUCUGCCGACUGCUCAACCACGCGAACAUCGUUCGGCUGCAUGACUCCCUCUCGGACGACAACUGCCAUUACCUCGUCUUUGAUUUAGUGACUGGAGGCGAGCUUUUCGAAGAUAUCGUUGCGCGCGAGUUCUAUUCCGAAUCAGAUGCCAGUCGCUGCAUCUCCCAAGUACUCGACUGUUUGAAACAUAUCCACACAUAUAACGUCAUUCACCGAGAUCUCAAGCCGGAAAAUUUAUUACUUGCUUCGAAAAACAAAAAUGCUGCUGUCAAACUUGCCGAUUUUGGCCUCGCAAUAGAAGUUCAAGGAGAUCAGCCAGCCUGGUUCGGAUUUGCUGGGACGCCAGGAUACCUAAGCCCGGAAGUUUUGCGAAAAGAAGCGUAUGGAAAAGCUGUUGACAUUUGGGCUUGCGGUGUCAUUUUGUACAUAUUACUGGUUGGAUACCCCCCAUUCUGGGACGAAGAUCAGCACCGCCUGUACGCUCAAAUCAAAGCAGGCGCUUACGACUUUCCAUCGCCAGAAUGGGACACCGUCACAGCAGACGCGAAAAACUUAAUCAAACAGAUGCUUGUUCUCGAUCCGAAAAAGAGAAUCACUGCAGAACAAGCGCUCAACCAUCCAUGGAUCUCUCAACGAGAACGAUUUGCUGCUACUAUUCAUCGUCAAGAAACCGUCGAAUGCCUCAAAAAAUUCAAUGCUCGCAGAAAACUAAAGGGUGCAAUAAUAACGACUAUGCUCGCUACGAGAAACUUUUCCUCGAGGAAUUUGAUUUCCAAGGCGAAGGAAAACCAAAAGGCGUCCAAGAAGCCCCCAUCCACCUUAGCCACAAUCUCGGCCGACAGCCGGACGGGGACCGUGAUCGAGAACACCGUUUCCAACUCGGACACGGAUAUCGAGACCCCUUCCUCGCUCGCCUCGGUCGUGUCGGCUUUUAAUAACAAGUCCCCAAAAAUUAACAAAACGAAUCACAGUUUUUUACUUCCAGAAAGAAGAUCUAGCCAAAGCAGCAAGUUUGAAAGAGCAAAAGAAAGUCCGAGUACAGCGACUACCCUAUCACAAGCUUCGCAAAUUACAGUAGUACCCGAACAUCAAGAUACUGUCAUCGAGGUCACAUCCAAUGUGACCAAGGUGAACGAUUCAAAUAGCUCAGCAGAAGAGUCUGAUGAUCACAGAUCGCGAAAAGCGGAACUGAUCAAGUUUACAGAAGUGCUACUUCAAGCAAUACAAGAUGCCGACUGGGAAACAUAUGUAAAACUUACUGACCCGAUGAUGACUUGUUUCGAGCCCGAGACAAAUGGACAGCUGAUCAAGGGACAGGAUUUUCAUCGAUUUUAUUUUGAUAAUGGUUUACAGCUUCCGAAUGGACUGAGCGGAGCGAAAAAGAUACAACAGACGAUUGGCAAUCCGCAUGUGCAAAUGCUUUCGGACGAUUCAGCUGUGAUGGCUUACGCUAGAAUUGUGCAGUAUCAAGACAAAACCGGGAGCGUUCAAACGAUAGUGCUAAACGAGUCGCGAGUUUGGAAGAAAAGUACGGAACCGGGCUCGAAUAGCUGGAUCUGCUGCCAUUUCCAUAGAUCCACUGUGAAUAAAUAA